CAAAGCGUACCACGUUUACAUAGGGGGCCAUGGUCGGUUGGUGAUUUGCACCAGCUGAAGACCCAUCCUCUCUCCGAUCCCUUUGAAUCUAAGACUCUCUCUCUCUCUCUCUCUCUCUAUAGCAUUCACCAGUAGUAUAGCUAGCUGCUCCCAAGCAAAACCCACAUCACAUUUUCUCUGAAACUCUGCGAUCGAUCGAUGAGGAAGCUCUGCCCCAACUAUGAUCGUGAGGAUGGGCUGGAUACGGUUCUGGAGGUCCCAAUCCCAGAAGAAAUGUUCUCCAACAAGAGCACAAACAGGUCAUGGCAAAACAUGAAGUCGUGGAUGAAGCCAAACACUGAGAAAUCGCACCACUCCAUGACAACCGUCUUCGGAAGCCGGAACGCCGAGAUCCAGCUCUUGCUUGGAGUCGUCGGAGCCCCAUUAAUCCCUCUUCCUAUCCGCUGCGAUCACCAGCCCAUCAACCGCAACAUCAAAGACCAUCCUAUUGAGGCUUCGAUGGCGAAAUAUAUAGUGCAACAGUACAUAGCCGCAGUAGGGGGAGAGAAGGCGAUAAGUUCGAUAGAGAGCAUGUACGCGAUGGGGAAGGUGAGAAUGGCGGCAUCGGAGUUCUGCGCAGGAGAAGGGAGCUUGAACAACAGUAAGGUGGUGAAGGUGAAGAGCGUGAGACAUGGGGGUGGAGAGAUGGGAGCUUUUGUACUGUGGCAGAAACGGCCGGAGCUUUGGUGCUUGGAGCUCGUCGUCUCCGGGUGCAAGAUUAGCGCCGGGAGUGACGGCAAGGUGGCUUGGAGGCAGACCCCUUGGCACCACUCUCACGCCUCCCGUGGCCCACCUAGGCCUCUUCGCCGUUUCUUACAGGGUCUUGAUCCAAUGUCCACAGCAAAUUUAUUCUCCAAUUCUGUCUGCAUUGGCGAGAAGGCAAUCAACGAUGAAGACUGUUUCAUUCUAAAACUUGAUGCUAAAUCCUCAACACUAAAAGCAAGAAGCAGCAGCAACGUGGAAAUAUUGAGGCACACGGUUUGGGGCUACUUCAGCCAAAGAACAGGCCUCUUGGUCCAACUAGAAGACUCCCACCUCCUCAGAAUCAAAGCCACUGGAAAUGACAGCAUCUAUUGGGAGACCACCAUGGAGUCAUUCAUCCAAGACUACCGAACCAUCGACGGCGUCAACAUCGCACACGCCGGCAAGACCUCGGUUUCUCUGUUCCGGUUCGGCGAGAGCCCGGAAAGCCAUUCUAGGACCCGCAUGGAAGAGGCUUGGAGCAUUGAAGAAGUCGAUUUUAACAUAAAGGGUUUGUCCAUAGAUUGCUUCUUGCCUCCUGCUGACCUAAAGAAAGAGGAGGAAGGAUGUGGUGUGACGACUAAUACAAGGUUGCCAUUAAAGAUUCGAUCAGCUUCUUCUAAGAUUAGUUCCUCUAAGGUAGUUGCUCUCAAUGUUGAAGACUCGGACAACAUUUACAGUGAUCUGCAUGAAGAGUCAUGAAUAUGUUUCCAUUUUGUAAAUACACCAUCACAUGAUACAUGGCGCAAUUUAGUUGUUAUGUAUAGGUUUAUUGUUGAGGAUUUAACAUGAGAGACCAUCAAGGUAUUGGUGUACCAUGAGAUCACAUACCCAUCAUGACAUGCAUGGUGGUAUAUAUGUGCAACUGCAUCUAUGGUUUUUGAUCAUUCCAAAAAAUCAAGAUUAUGAUGUUUUCAUGAUCUCAUGUCGAUAAUGUAA